AUGGGCAGUAUGGCUCAUGUAGAAGAUGAGAAAAAGGAACUAGUUCGCGAUGUUCAUAGGUUGGCCUGUUUAGGUGUGCAACUGGUAGAUUUUUCAAAGGGUAAAUUCAUGGUUCACCAUAGUUCUCAGUCAUCCAUUGUGGUUGAUGUGAAGUUUAAGAAACAUCUUGAUCCUAUUUUGAUGGAUUUGAAAGAAUUGGUUCUCAACAAGUUCGUUGAGGCUUUCUCCCAAUGGGGAGAUGGUGUGCUUAGUUACCACUCAAGCAUUGCCAUGACUCCGUUUCAAGCACUUUAUGGUAGGAGGUGUAGAUCUCCAGUGGACUGGUUUGAAGUAGUUGAGUUUUCUCUAAUUGGUCCCGAUCUAGUUUAUGAUGCCAUCGAAAAAGUUCAACCCAUUAGAGAGAGGUUGAAGAUGGCUCAAAGUCGGAAAAAGUCCUAUGCCGAAAAUAGAAGAAGGGAUCUUCAAUUUGAGAUUGGUAAUUGGGUAUACUUAAAAAUAUCACCUAUGAAGGGUGUGAUGAGGUUUGUCAAGAAGGAGAAACUUAGUCAUCAAUAUGUGGGACCAUACCAAAUCUUGAAAUAUGUGGGAAAUGUUGCAUAUGAAUUGGACUUACCCAGUGAGUUGGCUCCGGUUCACCCAGUGUUCCAUGUCUCCAUUCUCAGGAAGUGCAUUGGUGAUCUGGUAUCCAUCCUUCCCUUAGAGGGUUUGGGAGUUGAUGAAAAUCUUUCCUAUAAAGAAGUUCCGGUUGAGAUUUUAGACCGACAAGUUGGGAAGUUAAUGAACAAAGAGGUAGUCUCUGUUAAAGUCUUAUGGAGGAAUCACUUAGUUGAGGGUGCUACUUGGGAGGCUAAGGCCAAUAUGAAGUCCCGCUAUCCUUAUCUUUUUCCUUUUACUCCUACCCCUACUUGA